AUGAUGAUCUUUGACAGAAAUCAGAGUACUACAGUUAUUUUCAUUCUCGUGGGAUUCUCUGACUACCCAGAAAUUCAAAUUUUUCUCUUUCUGGUGUUUUUGGCCACCUACGUGAUCAGUGUAAUGGGUAAUCUUGGGAUGAUUGCAAUCAUUAUUAUGAAUCCCAAGUUAUACACCCCAAUGUAUUUUUUCCUUAAACACUUGUCCUUUGUGGAUUUCUAUUACUCCUCUGUUAUUACACCAAAGCUGCUGGAAAACUUAGUGGCAGAAGAUAGGGCAAUGUGUAUCUCAACUUGCAUUGCACAGUUCUUCUUUGCUGCUGGGUGUCCUUUGACUGAGACCUUCAUGUUGGCAGUGAUGGCAUAUGAUCGUUUUGUGGCCAUUUGCAAUCCCCUUUUAUAUAGUGUUAUCAUGUCCCAGAAACGGUGUGCCCUUUUGGUGGCUGCCGCAUACUCCUGGGGCAUACUCUUCUCUCUGCUCCUCACUUACUCUCUCCUUACAUUAUCUUUUUGUGGAACUAAAAUCAUAAAUAAUUUUAUGUGUGACUAUUCUGGCUUACUCUCUGCUGCCUGCUCUGAUAUAUACUUUAGUCAAUUGAUACUUUUUGUUGUGGCAAAUUUUACUAUGUUUAGCACACUCAUGGUCAUAAUCUCUUCUUAUAUUUUUAUUUUUGUAACUGUAAUGAAGAUGCAUUCAGUUAGGGCAAGGCAUAAAGCCUUCUCCACUUGUGCCUCUCACCUGACAGCUGUUGGAGUCUUUUUUGGAACAAUUCUAUUCCUCUAUUGUAUCCCCAACACUAAAAGCUCCUGGUUCACAAAAAAAGUGGCCUCUAUCUUCUCUGCAGUGGUCAUUCCUAUGCUGAACCCCUUGAUAUACAGUCUGAGGAACAAUGAAGUGAAGGAAACAAUCAGGAAGAUAAUGGACAAAAAAUGA